AUGAAGCUUGCUGAGACGGAUCUGGAGAAGAGUGUCCUCUUGGAGUUGCCUGUGUAUCCAAUUUACGCGAUCCCUUCGAGCAAUACGCUUGGCCUGGUUGCGCGCUUGCUUCGCGUUGUGGUCCUGAGCCGCCUCAAGCUGUCGAGUGUGUUCCAACGCGUGGAGCGUUUCCUCGGAAAUCCAGAGACGUCGACUGCGGACUUCCUGCUUCGGGAAAGUUUGCAAGGCCGCCUCCUGCAUAGCCGCGCUGAAUGCCGUCUCGCCGGAAAGCUGAAAGAAAGCCGGUUCUGGCUCAAACGUCGGCGCGGAGGUGCCUUUACGCGUAAUGGCGAGGCGACCUUCGUUCGCGUUGUGGUUGGCGCGUUCGUUGCCCUCGGUGCCUGCGUGGGCUUUGACCCACGUGUACGUGACUUUGAGAGGCCCGUGACGCGUGAAUUGCUUGGCGAGGUUGACAAGCGGCUUGUGGUGCUUAGCUUUCCACUUACCCUGGAUGACAUAUGA